UCUUGCAAAAUGGCGGCGACAGCUCCUGCUCAGGGUCCAGCUCCUCCCGCGGCCGUCCCGGCGCAGAACCUGCCGGCAGCGCCUGCCACUCCGGCAGGAAACGCUACCACCGCGCCGCCACCGCCUGCCACCCCGGCACCGCCGCCGGCGGCCGCUCCGCUGUCGGCCGCGCUCUCGGGGCCCUUCCCCGGCGGCCGCGUGGUACGACUACACCCGGUCGUGCUCGCCUCCAUCGUGGACAGCUUCGAGCGGCGCAAUGAAGGCGCGGCGCGCGUCAUAGGGACGCUGCUGGGGACCGUGGACAAGCACUCGGUGGAGGUCACCAACUGCUUCUCCGUCCCCCACAACGAGUCUGAAGAUGAGGUGGCAGUCGAUAUGGAGUUUGCCAAAAACAUGUACGAGUUGCACAAGAAGGUGUCUCCUAGUGAGAUCAUCUUGGGAUGGUAUGCAACAGGUCAUGACAUCACAGAACACUCUGUCCUGAUCCAUGAGUAUUACAGCCGGGAAGCACACAAUCCAAUCCAUCUCACUGUGGACACAAGUCUCCAGAAUUCACGCAUGAGCAUUAAAGCCUACGUCAGUGCCCCAAUGGGAGUGCCUGGUAAAACUAUGGGCGUGAUGUUCACACCUCUAACAGUGAAAUAUGUUUAUUAUGAUACAGAGCGGAUAGGAGUGGAUCUUAUCAUGAAGACUUGUUUUAGUCCUAAUCGAGUGAUCGGCUUGUCCAGUGACUUACAGCAGGUAGGAGCAGCAUCAGCCAGGAUUCAGGAUACCCUCACCAUGGUGCUGCAGUAUGCAGAGGAUGUAUUGUCUGGCAAAGUGGCUGCUGACAACACUGUUGGGCGUUUUCUCAUGGAUCUUAUUAACCAGGUGCCAAAGAUUUCACCAGAGGACUUUGAGACAAUGUUGAACAGCAAUAUCAAUGAUCUACUGAUGGUAACCUACUUGGCAAACCUCACACAGUCACAGAUUGCUCUCAAUGAGAAACUUCUGAGUUUAUAAAGAAACUUCUGCCACGCUAUACUGCAAAGAACUUGAAGAAUGAGCAGAUGCAUUUUUCUAUGGUGUUACAAAUUUCCUUGGACUGUAAUGUCAUGACUUGGUUUACAUCUUUCCAUUGCCCUGAAAAAUCCCUAACAUGGUUUAGGAAAUAAAUGGGAACGGCUGCAAUUUAGUUGAGCCUGGUAUUUUAAAAUGGAACAUGAGACUAUUUUGUCUCCUGGCUUUAUCUACUUGUAUAACAAAAUACAGCUUUAUUGUAAGAUUGUAUUUGAAAUAAAAGUUCCAUUGCAAGGGCAGGAAUGCCUUCUGUCCAGAAAAAAAACCCCCGUUGUUAUUUAUUGUAUAAUGAAUCCACUUUGAAAGAAGGGAAGGAUAAUGUAGCAUUCAGGGGGAAAAAAGUGGAGUGGACACAAGUCAACUCCAGUUCUGCAGACUUCCUUGCAGGUUGUUUUUUUCCACAGCUUUUAAAGUACCCUGAAAAGUGGCUUCUUGUGUUGCACAUAAUCUGUCUUUCCAUGGAGGAUGACAGAGUGGUGCUGUGUAUAUGUCCUCCUUCAGCAGGAUACUGAUAGAGCACAAGACACCAAAUUCAGUUGAUGGUAUUGUCUAUGCAUAUCUGAUCUUUUGAGAAAGGAAAUCAAGGUCAAUAGCAUUAGGCCCUCAAAGGGGGAGUUCAGACAAUUACACUAGUAACUGAGUUCAUGGUUAAACAAACUUCAGUGGAUGCUACUGUAGUAGAUGUUUAUUUCUAUCAAUGUGCAUGUUUUUUCCUGCUACGUAUUUGACUUUAAAAUACCUUGCUUAAAAAGCUCUGUAACCAGCUCCUAGCACCCAAGUACUUAACUGCUCAAACAAUAAGAUCUUUACCUUAGAAGGAGUUUCCUGAAUCACAAAUUCAGUUCUUUUCUGUCUUGUCUUCUGUUUUAAAUAUACCCAAAUACAUCUCCUUUGUCCUUACCAGAAUUCUUACGCUCUUCCUGGUAUUUAUAUAUAGCUUUCUAUAGGUAGCUAUUAUACUGUAGCCUUCUUGUUACUUAACAUAUUAAACUUCAUCUCCUUUGUUCUGAUGCACUGUCUAUGCUUUGAUCACUGAACUGCCCACUUAAAAUUUAAUUUCAGUCUUUUCUUGAGUUGGUAAAGACCAGACCCAUAUCAGCAUACAAGCAAUAAAUAAA